GUAGACCAAAUUUUGAUCCAUCAGAAGGUGGAACUUGUAGAAGCUUUCAUCGGCUUCGAAGGCAACAACAAGUACGAGGUGCGAAACAGCCUCGGCCAGCACAUCUUCCACGCGGAAGAGCAGAACGACUGCUGUACCAGGAACUGCUGCGGCUCUCUACGCCGCUUCUCCAUGCGGCUGGACGACCCCAGUGGCCGCGAAGUCAUCCGGCUUGUCCGUCCACUGAAAUGCGUCAGCUGCUUUUUCCCCUGCUGCCUUCAGGAGAUGGAAGUCCAGUGCCCGCCGGGUGCCACCAUCGGCUACGUGGUGCAGACCUGGCAUCCCUUCAUGCCCAGGUUCUCCAUCCAGAACGUCGAGAAGGAGACGGUGCUCCGUGUUUUGGGGCCCUGCUUUGCCUGCAGUUGCGGCGGGGAUGUCAGCUUCGAGGUGAAGACCCGGGAUGAGUCCCGUGGGGUGGGCCGGAUCAGUAAGCAGUGGAGCGGCCUCCUUAAGGAAAUCUUCACCGACACGGACAACUUUGGGAUCCAGUUCCCCAUCGAUCUGGACGUGAAGGUCAAGGCGAUUCUCCUCGGAGCCUGCUUCCUCAUUGAUUUUAUGUUUUUCGAGAAGACGGGAGAAGUUGGACAGAGGACCUCUGUAAUGAGCAGUUGA